CCACUGGAAGCUCUUUGCCCGGCGGCCUGUUUGACCAAGACCCAACGGCAUCCCACCCAACCGCGCAGCGCUGCACAGCAGUUGUUGAGGUUCCUGUCGGCGAGCUCGCCGCAGCCAGACCGCCACUAAAUGACAACCACAACGGCUGCUGCUCUAGGCAGUGGCAGCGACCGUGACUAUUUUGCCCAUCAUCCUGCUGUCGCCGACACGGAUACAACGACGUCAGGAAUCGACGACGACGACGACGCCGACCGCGAUGCGAGCAAUAAUGGCCUCGUCCUGACCUUCUCUGACAUCCCGAGCGACCUGGUGCAGCUUAGUGGUGCAUGCACGUCGGACGAUCCCGCUCAACGCCUGCUAAAAGCGCAACCGCAAAACCACGCCAGCGCAAGCCACAGCCCCAUUGGUGACCUCCCGAAAGGCUCCUCUCCUCCACAACAGGCAGAACCACCACAACCACAACCUGAACCCGGACCACGACAGCCACAACAGCACCAGCAGCUGCAGCAGCUGCAGCGACCGCCGCCGCCGCCGCCGCCUCCGCCCCAGCCGUCAGCAUCCAGCCCCCCCGCCUCGAUUCGCGUUCAUCGCGUACGAAAACCCUCGCCUGGCCUCGCGGCGCGAUUAAAGGCCCUCGGCUUCGGCACGACGCGCAAAGCCAGCCCUCCGCCUUCCCACCACCUGGAGCCCGGCCGUCUGCCCGAAGAAGCGAUCAGGCGACUUGAACAAGAACACCUCGCCGCCUCCGCGCAGACCGUCGUCGAGCGGCGGGGCCGCCCCUGGAAGGGUGCCAUUGCACGCAUCCCUUCAAUCUCCAGCCUCAAGUCGGACAAGUCGCACAAGUCACAAGGCAGGACGGAGCCCGAAGAAUCCGCAUCCGAGGCCGCCAUUACUGCUGCGAAGCCCGACUUCCUCCCGGAAAUUGCCGCCACCGAGCCCCUGGAAAUGGACACGAACAAGUACCGCCUCCCCGAACACACCAACGGCAACGGUGUCAAGGCCCAGCCCGAGACGAGGGACGAACACAUCGCGAGAGACACCCGCCCGCCCCAGCGACCUGGGACACCCGAGAUUCCCCCGCCGCCUCUCCCCAAGGACACGCCACCGCCGACGAGACGCGCCACAAACCCUACCACGCCGACCGCGCGCGAUUCCUUCGACCCGGGCUCUAUCCCUUUCAACCCUCUCGGCCUCCAACGCCCAGGGUCCAUCUACACCCUCUCGCGAGCUUCUUUCGCGAAUCAGCUUGCUCAGCUGACAUCAUUGCAACUUCCAGAUGCCGACUCCUUGUCCAACAAGAUCUCGGCCAUACCAACGGCCCAGGCGGCCACAAAAGCGCUGCUGGGCGCCGCCGAACAGAUCCGCGGGUGGAUAUACAAGGCCUCCGAGGUGAUAGCGGGACUGGAGAGCGAUGACGACGUCGAGUGGGCCGCGGCCGGGGGCCGCGAGGGCGUCGAGGAGGUGGAGAAGGCCAUUGUUCGCUUCGAGGAGCUGAUCAAGGUCUACGUCGGCGCCAUCGAGGACUUGCAGAGCCGGGAGGAUAUCGCCAGCGUCGCUGCUGACGACCUCCGGACGGCCGUCUCCCAGAUGGAGGCCAUUCUCGAGGAGUGGGCCAAGAUGCGGAACACACUGCACAACGUGAAGGCACAGGUCGAGAUCGCCAUGGAGUGGGAGGAGCUGUGGGACAUGGUGCUCAGCGACAUACAGAACGAGAUGGACGACCUUGCCAGGUUGGUCUUUGAGAUGGAAGAACGGCGCCACAAAUCCAUGUUGAGCGUCCCGACCGGCGACGGCACGGACAUCGGCGAUCUGGAGCCGUUCGCGGACGACGACACGCCCCGAGCCCCGGUCCGCUUACAGAUGGCCAACAACCGCUUCAGCAUGCCCGUCUUCCCGGUCAGCCCCACCUCGCCUUCGGCCGGGGCGACCGGCAUCUCCCAGGACGACUCGAGCCUGCUGGCGCUUUUUGCGAGGAUGCAGCCCCUCAGAGCCUCCCUCGAUUUCCUGCCCAUGAGGCUCUCCGUCUUCGAGGCGAGGGCCGACAGCAUAUUCCCGACGGCCUGCGAGGAGCUGGAAGCCCGGAGGGCAGAGCUGGAUGCUAGUUACAAGAAGCUCGAGAAGGACGCCGAGUCCCUGCGCAAAGAGCUCGGCGAGGACCGCUGGGUGCUCGUCUUCCGCGGCGCCUGCCGCCAGGCCCAAAAGAUGUACGAGUCGGUCGAGCGCAGCCUGGCCAGGCUGCGCGAGGCCAUCGACGCCGGCUUACACCUGACCAACCAGCCCGUGAUGGCCAAGAAGCUGGAAAACUACGAGGCCAAGAAGACACACUACGGCCCGGCAAUCGAGCGGGUCCUGGCCAUUAUCGACAAGGGGGUCAAGGACCGGCUCACGGUCAACGGCGAGAUUCUCCGCCUGCAUGCUGAGAUGAGGGCCAAGUGGGAGGAACUGAAGGAGACCAUGGCGGACAUGGAUGCCUCCAUCGAGGAGCUGCAUGCCGACAGCAAGGAGCAGCAGCUUCGAGAUUCCGUCUCGAGCAUGUUGUCCAACGACAUGUCGACCCUUGCAAGCGGCCACGAGACGCCCCAGAGCUCCCCCCCAUCGUCCGUCAUCCUGUCGAGCAAGGGUCCCAACAGCUCGACCCAGCACGUAAAGGCGCCGAAGCAGCGGUCGGCCAGCGCUUUAGGUCACGCGCCAGCGAGUCGCAGACAGUCGUCGCUGCCCACCCCGAAGACCCAGUUGACCAGGAAGCCGGUAACGGCGCAGACGUCGAUGUUGUCGGUCCCGGUCCCGUCGAGAGACACUUCGGCCACGCCAACCGCAAACAGGGUAUCGCGGCUCUCUCCGUCUUUGGCCACGCGGCCAAAGUGGAACCCAUCGACGAAUACAAGAGACAUCGACACCGGCCACAACUUCAAACCUCUGACUCUCACCACUCCGAGCCCCUAUAGCAAACAAGCCCCGACCCCGGUCCGGUCCGGCUCCUCUGCGGCGUCCUCUACAACAUCCAAGCUACCCACGCUCCGCACUCCCAACUCCCGCGCCACAUCCGCCUCUCCCAUCCCCGAGGCCAGUCCCUCUAAAAACGGCCUCCUCUCGUUCCGCGAGCGCCUCGCCUCUCCGGACCCGUCGUCCACCGCCCUACGAUCCUUUUCCAAACCCCGCCUCACCUCCAACCCGUCGGCGCCACCUGCCCUUUCGAGCAACAGCACGAACAGGCGUGCCUCGCUUCAACCACCCAAACCACUCGACUUCUCACCACCGGGAGCAACGAGCACGACGACAACUGCAACGACUACGCCGCGGCGACCAGCCAGCUCGCUGGCGACGUCCAGGCGGACUAGCAUGCCGCCUCAGUCGCGGACGAGCUCGACGGGAGUGGCGGCCAAGGGUUCCGGAAGCGUCAUCACGGGCAGGGAGAGUCCGCAGGCGGUGGCGGGCGCGAGGUUCGCGAUGCGGAAGGGAAGCAGCAGCAGUGCCUCGGCGGCUCCGGGGACGAAGGACGCGAGGCCGCGCUGGAGGGUGUAAUUGAUGAUAGGUCUCUCUUCUUGCCUUAUCGUCGUCAAAAACCGCCGAAUGCUCUGUCUCUCCCGUCGCGCAACAAACCCAGCUGCGGAACUGAAACGGGCUGGCAGGGAACCGGGAGAUGUUCCGCAUCGGAUCUUUAUCUGAAUCCAAAUGCUACUCUUCUCCCCUUCUUCUCGAGCGCAGGUUUGACGGUUGGAGGAUUGUGAAGAAAACAAUAGUGGAGUUUAUUCGAGUCAUUCGGAGGUUGAUCCUCUUAAUUGUUUCGCUUCUUUUUUCUUCUUUUCUUCAUUUCCUUUCAGUUCUUGUUCACAUUUCCUGCAUGUUGUGGUUUGUCAUCUUGGGUCUCUUUAUACCCCGCCAAAUACCCGCUGGCAGUUGCUGUUAUUUACUCAUUUGUAGUGCCGUUUGUGUCCCACUUCUUCUUAUAUGUACUUUGCGGUUG